GGACGGAGCUGAUGAAUGAGAGCCGAGAGGGGCUGACAGAGACCAGACAGGCUGGGGAUAAUGAGAGAAAGAGCCGGCCGAGGGAGCAUCAGCAUCCGCAGCAUAUUCAGACAACGCAUGAAUCCGAAUUGAGGCUUCGUUACAAGUGAGAAAUAAGACCGAGAGAAACCGGCGUACAUUUUGCACGUAAACCUUCGGUAGAUAAUCUGUUUGGAGGAUGUGAUGCCGGAGCCUGGAGCAUGCACCGACUGUUCUCUGCAUUUUCUCCAGAAGCAGAGGAGAUGAAGCCCUCUCCUGCAAAAAGAUGUCCGCUGUAAAGGACUUAUUUUGCGGCUGGUAAACUCACUAAUCUUGGACGGUCUUGGUCGGAAGGGAGAGAAAUUGAUGGCACAGCGGACGAUGAAGACGAUCCAGCGACCAGCGGAAACUGGGAUUUAUGAACAGUCGGUUUAUUGAGAUUGACGGGUGAAUGUUAACGGUUUCCCUCCCUUUCGGUUGAGGAUAAGUAUCUGUACAUUUACCGUCUUUAUCCGGUCAUAUUUCACAGCUCACAUCAGCAGCCGUUAACCGACAGCAGGUUAGCAACGAAUGGAUAACGUUAAAGCUAUCUUUCGUUUGCCUCUUUUGACAUUUUAACUUUUGUUUUUCUAUUUAUUUUAUUUCAUUUUUAUUUUCUUUAAAAGGGCAGCUUCACCAAUCCGAGUUUGAUUUGGCCGUAAAUCACACUGCCUGUCCUGUCAGCCGGAGUUUAGGUCGUUAAUCCUCGCUUGGGUAUAACUGAGGAGUUUUAUUUAGCUAGCUAACGGUAGCAACUACAGAGCUGCCGUGCCAUUCUCGGUCAUCAUGCAUGCACCGACACGUUUGCUCGGAUGAAACCAAGCCAACACCCCCACCAAAAUGUACCCAAGGGCAUAACAACAACAACAACAACGACGACAGCGAGCCAAGCCAUGUCGGACUGAAAACAGCACCGUGGCUCCGCCGGCCGUGAAGUCACAACAGCAACCAGAGCGGCUUAUUACUACUCGGGGAGGGGAGAGGGGAUCAGAAAGCUGAAGCUAGCCUCCAGCCUGUUCACACCGCCCUCAAGAGACCACCGAGAGGAGCAUUUUCGACCCAAUUUAGCCACUAAAUUCACCAAAAAUGGGAGAGCAGCCCAUCUUCAGUACACGGGCCCACGUCUUCCAGAUCGACCCAAACACCAAGAAGAACUGGGUUCCCACGAGUAAACAUGCUGUCACAGUCUCCUACUUCUUUGACAGCACCAGGAAUGUAUAUCGAAUCAUCAGUCUGGAUGGAUCUAAGGCCAUUAUCAACAGCACCAUCACCCCCAACAUGACAUUCACCAAGACUUCACAGAAGUUUGGGCAGUGGGCCGACAGCCGGGCGAACACCGUGUACGGCCUCGGCUUCUCGUCCGAAGGUCACCUGGUCAAGUUUGCAGAUAAGUUUGCUGAGUUCAAGGAGGCAGCACGGUUAGCAAAGGAGAAGUCUCAGGAGAAGAUGGAGCUCACCAGCACUCCCUCUCAGGGUGGCGCUGUAAAAAGGAACGAGUUGUCAGUCAACAAACCUGGUAAAAAGAAGGAGUCAGCUCCGGGUGACCUGCAGUCACCUUUGACCUCAGAGAGCAUCAACGGUACAGACGAUGAGAGAGUCACACCAGACACACCUCAACACACAGAAGCCAGAGCAGAGCCUUCCCAGAAUGCACUGCCCUACUCACACAGUUCAUCCAGCAUCAAUAAGCACUGGGAGGCAGAGCUGGCGGCUCUUAAAGGGAACAACGCCAAACUGACAGCGGCUCUGCUCGAGUCCACAGCUAACGUCAAACAGUGGAAACAGCAGCUGGCGGCCUAUCAGGAGGAGGCGGAGAGGCUACACAAACGGGUGACGGAGCUGGAGUGUGUGAGCGGUCAAACAACGGUGAUCAAAUCUCAAAAGACAGAACUUAACCAAACGAUAGAGGAGCUGGAGUUGGCUUUGAAGGCCAAAGAGGAGGAGUUGGAGAGACUUAAAGCAGAGGUGGAGAGUGCCAGUGAGUUUCAGUCUCAGAAAGACUCCCUGACACAGAAGUUACAGGACACGGAGUCGAGGAACGAGACUCUGGAGGCCCAGCUGAGCGACCUGGAGCAGCGUCUGGAGAGCAGCCAGCUGGAGAGAGAAGCCUUUCGCAAGAGUCUGCGCUCCCUGCUGGAGCUGCUGGACAGCAAGAUCUUCGAGCUGACCGAGCUGCGGGACACGCUGACCAAACUCAUCGAGGGUAGCUAGAGAGACAAACACACCUCCACCUACAACACCUACGCCACCAACACAGCAGCGGCCAGUGCUCAGAGAGCAACUCUAAAGAAGACACCACCUGCAUGUUGGCACUCACACUCACCGACAUGUAAAACAACUUGAAUUCUCUCUCUCUUUUUUUUUUUUUUUCCUUUUUCCUCCACAUGUAUACGAUACGUGUAAAAGAUGUUUACACACAACUUUAUGCAUUAACGGUUCACACAUUUUGCUACGUCCACAUCGUUUACAAUCAGCCAAGUGAAGAGGGCUUUGCUUGGGCCAUGCCUUCCCUCCGCUCCACUCUGGAUUAUUCUUGACUCUCUGACGACACAAACUCUGAAUUAAUCUGUUUUUAUUAAUUUUUUUGUCUCUUGAACAUAAUUCUGUUUGAGCAGACGUUAAAGUUUUCUGUUUGCUUUUUGCUUCUUGAGACUUUUUGAGCUUCGCUUUGGUGCAUUUUGUCGUCACCUGGAGCUUGCGAUUGUUCCCGUCUUCUUUUAUUCUGUUCCUCACUUUUCUCAUCGUCAGCCAAAUGAACAGCUAAGAGUCCGAUGAGACAGACUCCAGCUUUUCUUACACUUUUUUUUUUUUUGUUAUUUGAACUCUGGAGGGUCGAAUAUGGUGAAGAGAUGACUGCGAGUGUUUCCUCCUGUGACAGAAAUCCACCGUUGGACUGCCAAACAAAAAAAAAAGGCGGAGGAGGACGAUAGUAUGUCUUAUAUUCUUAUACAAUAUAUGAGCAAUACAAAAAGGGAGCAUCAGAGGGUAAAUAAACACUUUCCACUCUCACUUUCAGGUAAUUUUACUCCUCUAUCUUGGAUAGACCACAAGCGAGGCGGGAUUUUAUUCAAUAGUCUUUCUUUCUAUAUCCUUUUUUUAAAGAAUACUACUAUAACAAACUCAUAGUGCACUUGUAAAAAUGGAGUUUGUGUGUGUGGGUGAAUCAGAUGAUCUUCUUUUCUUUCCCUUAUUGUUUCUGUUGCGACUUGAAGUGCAAUGAUUUAAUCCUUUUUCUUUUUUUUGUUAAUUUAUUACUAAAAUAACUAAAGAUUAAUUAUGAUGAACGUUGUACAAAAGCAAAGAUCUUUAUUUACAUCUCGUUUUCACUUAAUCUUUUUUAUCGUCUGGUACGUGGGUGUUGAAUUACGUUCUGUUUUUUGUUUUAUUUUUUUGGAAAAACUGGCAAUAUUUUUGAUCUAUUUAUCACAGGAAGUGGAAAAUUCAUCCGGAGAUCGAAGGGGUGGAUUUGCAAAGAAUUAAUUUUUUUCUUUUGCCAAAUGUUUUCCUGUACAGAUUUGAAUUUUUUUGCUGAUGUUGCCUUUGGUACAGAGAUGCAUCAACGGUAGCUAACUAGCGGUACUUUUCUUUUUUCCUUUUUUUUUUGUGGGAUUUACUAUUGCCAAAAAUUGAGCGACGUUGAGAGGAACAGAGUACGAACACCUGAAGAACACUAUUUAAGGGCUUGUUGGUUCGGGUACAUUUGGGAGACUUGAAUGAUUUUAGCGGUGACUUUAUCUCGUUAAGAAUAUUACAGCUCGAAAGGGACAAAAAAAAAAAAAAAAAAACAUUUGAAUAAGACUUUUAAAUGUUGAGUAUACCACAUGCUUAAAGACACAAAUUGUAAUUUUGAGUUUAUAGUAAAAGAAAAACAAACGAGAAAA